AUGACACCGGAAAGCCUAGCUCUGAUGAGGUGGUGGGCCUUUGCGAAUAGCCUAUCUGCAGAGACAGCUGAGCAAAAAGUGACCCUGGCAGAGAGGGAGAGUGCACGCAGUGAAAUUCACCGGCUGCACCAGGAACUGUUGACAGUGCACGAGAGCGGCGAUCGUGGAGCUGCUUCCACGCAGGCUCUGCUGCGGCGAGCCGAGAUCGACCGCGAUCGGUCGCUGGUUGAACUGGCUCGAGUCUCGUCGGAACGGGACAGUCUCAUCAACAAGUACAAGGUGAGAUGCGGUGAUCCGUUGGCAGUGAUUUACACUUAUCGGAAAUGGCAGGGUUCAGUUGAUGGGCAUUCGGAUUUCUGUACUAACAUCGCUACACAAUUUUCACAUUUCUUGGCCUAUCCACAAGCAGAUAGAGGAUAA